UAAUCCUCCUCCAAAAGAAGCUUCAGAGUAUAUCAGGUGCAAUUAUUUUCUAUAAUUGCGUCUCCUUGAUAUUAAUCCUCCUCCAAACUUACUUAUUUAGCAAUUAUUUUCUAUAAUUGUGGAGAGUUACCAUACAUGAAUCCUCCUCGAUUAGGGGUAUGUUACAAAGACAAUUUUAAGUUAGGGACCAAGACUAUAGUUUUCCCCUUGAUCGCGAGCAAAAACCGAAGGUCACGCGACACCUCCUCCGGCAUUUUACCAAGCCUGCCGCUCAAAUUGAAUCCGCAAAAACCAAAACGGUCCCUCUACAAAACUGGUGGCAUAACCGUAAAUACAUACCGACCCCAGCGUCAUUUUCGUACUCUGACGUCCGUAUAAAUCUCCGCCCCAGCAAACGGAGCAAAGGUUCGCCGAAUACGCCGGCUAUUUUCUCGAAAAACAAAAUAACAACAAGAAGAAAAUCCCGCCAUUUUUCCUCCGGCGAUCAGGCGCUCCUAGGGCUUCAAAAUUCAAGGAGACCGGAGCUUCUCUCGAUCCGAUAUCGGGUUCGGGUCGAGGAACGAAGGAGAAUGGAGGGCAGGGUUUGAUCGAUUCAUGGGGAAUUGCCUCCUAAAGCCUAAUCACCUUGUAUUUGGAAAAGCUAUUGCACGAUCCAGGACACCCACAAAGAAAAUUACACAGGAGAGCUCCAAUAAGGAAAAUGUGGCAAUAAGCACUGGUAUUGGGAGUACACCGGUGAGUAGCAGUAUCAUAAGUGCCCCGGCGACGAGUGCUAUUCAAAGUACGUCAGUGACAGGAAAUUUUGUAACUGCAGUGGAGAAUCCCAAAGAUAUGGAGGAUUUGCAACAGAUUUGUAAAUUUAAAAAUUGCACCGAAUUUUCAUACAAAGAGUUGACAGUGGCCACAGAUUGUUUCCGGCCAGAUUUAAUUCUUGGUGAGGGUGGAUUCGGGCUUGUCUUUAAGGGUGUUAUAGAUGAAAAUGUAAGGCCAGGUUUUAAGUCAACCAAAGUUGCCGUUAAAGAGCUCAACCCAGAUGGCUACCAGGGAGACAGGGAAUGGCUGGCAGAAGUGAACUAUCUUGGGCAGUUUAGUCAUUCCAAUCUCGUCAAACUUAUUGGCUAUUGCCAUGAGGAUAAGCACAGGUUGUUGGUUUAUGAGUACAUGGCCAGUGGGAGCCUAGAAACACACCUUUUUAGACGACAUAAUACACUGACAUGGCCUAUAAGGAUGAAGAUUGCAUUAGAUGCAGCAAAAGGGCUUGCUUUUCUUCAUGGUGCAGAAAGACCUGUUAUCUACCGUGAUUUCAAGACUUCAAAUAUCUUGCUGGAUGGGGAUUUUAAUGCAAAGCUUUCAGACUUUGGCCUUGCAAAGGAAGGUCCCAUGGGUGAUGCAACACAUGUUUCUACAAGGGUCAUGGGUACCUAUGGAUAUGCUGCUCCUGAGUAUAUAAUGACAGGACAUCUGACUGCUAAAAGCGAUGUCUAUGGCUUUGGAGUCGUGCUUCUUGAGAUUUUGGUUGGAAAAAGAGCACUAGACAAACGAAGGCCAAACCAUGAACAUAAUCUCGUUGAUUGGUCUCGACCUCUCUUGAUCCGAACCACAAAACUUUUGAAGAUCAUAGAUCCAAAAAUGCGGGGUCAAUACUCAAGUAGAACUGCAGGCAAAAUAGGCAACUUGGCGCACCGAUGCCUCAGUGAGAACCCAAAGAUUAGACCUACAAUGAAGGAAGUCGUCGAGUCCUUAGAGGCCUAUAAUCAAGAAGAGAUGCUGUAUCAAAGCAUGAAAGCUGCUGGCCUUCUUCAAGAAGAUUCUGAAGAAGCAUUUAAUAGUCCUUCUAAGGCAGAGAGUGGACCUAUAGAAACUCUAGCUAAUGGAAGGAGAAGAAUGAAACAAGGAAAUGCAAGAAGCAGGAGCGAUCCUCCCCCUAAGGAAUUUGAUCAUCGACUAAGCGCCUCGUUGGAUUCUGACGGACCAAAUACACGUUCGAGAAUUUACGAUAGGAGCAUGAACAUUCAAUUGCCAUUGACAAUUAUAAGGCAGAUAAAUGCUGCAGAUCGAAUGGAAAUAAAAUGCAAAACCUAAUCCUGAUUGGCAAAAUAAAAGGU